AUGUCGACAGUAAAAGAAUGCACAAGAAAUGCCUGCGCAGUUUGCAAAUUUCAGCGGCGCAAAUGUGCACCAAAUUGUCCGCUUGCCCCGUAUUUCCCUUCCGAUGAGCAAGAAAUUUUCGCAUUGGUCCACAGUUUAUAUGGCGUAAGUAGUUUAACCAGGAUACUAAGUAUCCUUCCCUUACCGCAACAAAAAGACAGUGCUGCUAGAUCUAUCGUCUACGAAUGCCAAGCUCGAAAAAAUAACCCCGAAGAAGGUUGUGUCUAUCUUCUCAAUCAUUUGAGAAUAAACAACCAUAUGUUGGACGAAGAGAUUCGUUUAGUAAACAAUGCGUUAAAUCGCUUCAAAAACCAAAACCAAAACCAAAACCAAGAUGUUUUCAUGUCGCAGAUGCAGUUUCAAACCCCCAACAACAACAACAACAACGGUUUUGGGGUCUAUACUAAUAGUUCGAUAGAAGAAAUUGUGAAUGAGCAACAACAAUUGUGGGAGCCAUCGCCACCGCCACUACCACCACCACCGAAUUGUAAUGGUCAGUUCAACCCUAAUAAUAUUGUCAUGCAAUCCCAAAUAACAGGUUUUCAAGAAGGGCAAGAAUUAUAUCAGAUAUUGGAAAAUCAUGGGGGGAAUAGUACUCAAUCCCAUGAAAAUGUUGUUGUCCAUGAUCAAGGAUUCUUUGGCCAAUAUGCUGCGAAUACUUUUGAAACAAGGGAAAAUCUCAUCAAUAAUUAUGAAGCCAAUGAAGUCUACCAAUUUCAUCCUCCUCCAAUGACCAAUUACAAUGAAGUCAAUCAUCAAGGGUAUCCUCCAAUGACCAACAAUGAAGCCAAUCAUCAAGGGUACCAGUUUCAUCCUACAACGGUCAAUAAUAUUGAGGUCAAUGAAGUGUUCCAACUUCAUCCUACAACGGUCAAUAAUGAAAUUAAUCAAGUGUUCCAAUUUCAUCCUAUAACGACGACGACGGUCAAUAAUGAAGUUAAUCAAGUGUUCCAGUUUAACCCUAACCCUAACCCUAAUCCUAAUCCUCACCCUCACCCUCACCCUCACCCUCACCAUCACCAAAGACAAUGA